AUGGCCGUGAGAGAGUCGGAAAAGUACCAGGAUGGUGUGACUCCGCUGAAGACAAAGGGCGAGAUUGAUAUCGUGCGCCUGGAAGCUGCUUUGGGGCAUAAACAGGAGCUUAAGCGCAAUUUUGGGCUUUGGAGCUUGACCAGCCUAGGAAUUGUGAUCGCAAACUCAUGGGCUUCAACCGGUGGAACGAUUGUGGCCGCUUUGAAAAAUGGAGGUCCGAUGGCUGUCAUCUAUGGUCUCAUUCUCGUCAGCAUCUUCUAUACCGCUAUCUCCGCAUCGCUCGCUGAAUUGGCUUCGUCGAUGCCGUCGGCUGGUGGCGUUUACUAUUGGUCUUCGGUGCUGAGCCGGAAUCGUGGUCGCGGUGCGGGAUUCUUCACUGGCUAUCUCAAUGCUUGUGCGUGGCUGCUGUCUGCCUCAUCGAUGAGUUCAAUGUUGGGGAAUGAGGCAGUAGCAAUGUAUCUGCUUAAGCAUACUGAUAUGACCUGGAACUCCUGGCAGGUGUUUAUUGUGUUCCAGGUUGUCAAUUGGACCUGCUGUGCUAUUGUCUGUUUGGGGAAUCGGUUUAUCCCAUUGAUUAAUCGGGUUGCCCUGAUCCUGUCCAUGUGUGGAUUGUUAGUGACAGUUAUCGUGUUGGUGGCGAUGCCGAAGACAUAUUCAAGCAACUCGCAGGUCUGGGUUGAAUAUCACAAUGAGACGGGCGGCUGGUCAGAUGGCGUGUGCUUUAUGACGGGGUUACUGAACGCAGCAUUUGCAGUCGGAACACCAGAUUGUAUCAGUCAUCUCUCUGAAGAAGUCCCCAAGCCCGAGUCCAGAGUCCCCCAAGGAAUCAUGCUCCAAAUGCUAACUGCAUUUACAACGUCAUUCGUUUACUUAAUCGCUCUUUUCUAUUCAAUUCAAGACCUCGACGCCGUAUACACCAGCAGCAUCGGCUUCUUUCCAACAGCUGAGAUCUAUCGACAAGCAACAGGAUCAAAUGCCGGCGCUAUCGGUCUCAUCGCCGUCCUUUUCCUAGCAACAUUUCCGACACUGAUUGGUACAUUCGUUACAGGUGGCCGCAUGUGGUGGAGUCUCGCACGCGACAACGCAACACCCUUCGCCAGCUACUUUGCCCAAGUCCACCCGACCCUCAACUGCCCUGUCCGCGCAACAAUAGCAAUGAGUGCUCUUGUGACGUGCCUAGGCUGCAUAUACGUCGGAAGCACAACUGCCUUCCAGGCACUUAUAUCCUCGUUCAUCGUGCUGAGCUCACUAUCUUAUCUCGGUGCCAUUCUGCCGCACGUCCUAUCUGGACGGAGAAAUAUGGUUCCUGGGCCCUUUUAUAUGGGUCAGAAGCUCGGGAUGGCGGUCAAUAUCACUGCGCUGCUUUAUAUAAUGGUCACAGUUGUGUUCUUCUGUUUCCCACUGGUGUUGCCUGCUACAGUGAAGAACAUGAAUUAUACCAGCGUUAUCAUUUUGGGUUUGAUGGCUUUGACGGUGUUGUGGUGGGUACUCAGGGCCAGACGCGAAUACCAGGGACCACAGUAUAGCUUUGAGGCUGCAGAGAGACUGAGCGCUUUCCAAAGUGGUAAAGAAGGGCGACGGUCAUUUAUUGAUGUGGCCAGUCAGGCUCCUGCGCCUCGAAUUGAUCAACAUCCUGCUUUCAGGAGAUAA